AUGGCUUCUUCAGACAAGCACCUAUUGGUGGCUGCCAUUGACUUCGGUACCACAUACUCAGGGUACGCUUUCUCCUUCAUCCAUGACUUUGAACGGGAUCCCUUGAAGAUUUCAGCCAAUUCCUGGGCAGCAGGGUCAGGAGGUCUAAUGUCCUUGAAGACGUCAACGUGUGUUCUCUUUAAACCAAACGGAGACUUCCACUCUUUUGGUUUUGAGGCUGAAGACAAGUAUUCAGAUCUAGCUUUAGACAAGAAACAAAAUGGAUGGUAUUACUUCCGACGAUUUAAAAUGAAGCUUUAUGAGAACAAGAAUCUAAACCGGUCGUUCAAGAUAGAAGAUGACCAGGGUCACACCAUGCCUGCAAUGAAGGUGUUUUCAGCAUGCAUAAAAUAUCUCAAGGAUCAGAUGAUGGAGUUCUGCAAAAAACAAGUGACAGACAUAAACAUAUCAGAUAUACUGUGGGUCCUCACUGUUCCGGCAAUCUGGUCCGAUGCCUCCAAACAGUUCAUGAGAGAGGCUGCCGUGGAGGCUGGUAUCAAAGGAGAUCAUUUGAUGAUAGCUCUAGAACCUGAGGCGGCGUCCUUAUACUGCAAGUAUAUUCCUAUUGAACGAAAAGGAGAGGGAGGCAUGAAGACUUUCACCUCUGGGUCGAAGUACUUGGUGUUGGACGGUGGUGGCGGGACCAUAGAUGUUACUGUACACGAAGUUCAAAGCGAUGGAUCAUUGAAGGAAAUCCACAAGGCCAAUGGUGGAGACUGGGGAGGGACCAAAGUGGAUAACGCCUUCCAGAUUUUAUUAUCCGGAAUUAUAGGUAAUGACGCAUUUCAUCGUUUUCUUGAAAACAGCAAGGCCGAUAUGGUAGAAUUCUUCCGUGAUUUCGAAGUCAAAAAGCGCACGAUCAAACCAAAUGGUCCGUCUAAUGAAAAAGUCACAUUUAAAGUACCGACUGCAAUGAACGUGGCAUGCAAAGAUGUGACCGGGAAGGAUAUAAGCACAAUUAUAACUUCGAAAUCGAAAUACAGAGGAAACUUAACCAUCGUCGGUGAUAAGCUUAGAGUCAGUGGAAAUCAAGCAAAAGAAUUAUUCAAGGAUCCGAUUAACCAUAUCGUUACCCACUUGAAGACGCUGUUAAGAGACCCAAAUGCUAGAGGCGUGGAGAGCAUUCUGAUGGUCGGAGGCUUCUCGGAGUCCCUAGUACUUCAGGAUGCAAUCAAAACAAACUUUCCAAACCUGCGAAUGAUAGUACCACAGGAUCCAGGACUGGCCGUUCUGAAAGGGGCUGUUAUCUUCGGUCAUGAGCCAAGGGCUAUCAAGUCACGUGUUUGUAAAUACACUUAUGGGAUAUGCGCUAAACGACCAUUUGAUGCUAAGAAGCAUGAUCCCUCCAAACGCUUCACCGCUUCAACCGGAAAAGAGUAUUGUCAAGACUUAUUUGAUGUUCAUGUUUGUAUUGGAGAUUGCGUGAAUAUCGGCCAACCACAAGCUGUUAAUAUUUAUCACCCCAUUGAACCAGAUCAAGUAGCUUUGCUAUUUCCAUUGUAUGUUUCUACACAGAAAAAUCCAAAGUACGUAACAGAGCCUGGAUGUAGCAGGAUUGGUCAUUUGAUAAUUGCCAUUCCGGACACCUCAAAAGGAUGUAACAGGUUUGUUGCCGUACAGAUGACGUUCAGUAAUACAGAGUUCGAAGUAGGAGCUACUAACAUAGCUACUGGAGAGAAGGUUAGCGCAACAUUUGACUUUCUGUAG